UCGUCCCCCGGCCAUGGACUUAUCUGCUCGGAGUCUCAAUUGAAAAAUUGAAGCGGCUGCCGCGAGAUGGCCGCACAACUCCUCCGCGCUCUGCCCGGUAUAGCCUUCCGCUGUAAACACUUCUCACUCAAACCACCUCCAUUGCCUCUUCUAUUCCUAAACUCGCACAGCCCCAGCUUCAAACCCACGCAACCUCCUAAACGCUGCAUUUCAACUCCUUCUGUUUCUGCUUCGUCUCCUUCUCCUUCUUCAACUGAAACACCACUUGUUGCCGCUUCCCCUAAAGUAUCUCGCUCCAUCCCUUCUCUUGAAUGGGUGAGCCGGACCGCUUUCUGCGGUGAAUUGUCAGAAGCUGAUGUGAAUAAACGGGUCAGGCUCUGCGGCUGGGUUGCCCUUCAUCGUGUUCAUGGUGGCCUCACUUUCGUUAAUCUCCGUGACCAUACCGGUGUUGUACAGAUUACGACCCUUCCCAACGAAUUUCCUGAUGCUCAUUCAACAGUGAAUGACUUAAGAGUUGAGUAUGUGGUGGCCGUAGAAGGUGUUGUUCGGCCUCGCCCAAUUGAGUCUGUCAACAAGAAGAUGAGGACUGGUGCAGUAGAGGUGGCUGCUGAGCGUGUCCAUGUUCUGAAUACUGUGAGAUCUAAGCUGCCUUUCUUAGUUACUACUGCAGAUGAUGCCAAAGAAUCUGUAAAGGAGGAAAUUCGCUUGAGAUAUCGAUGCCUUGAUUUGCGCCGGCCACAAAUGACUUCCAACAUUAUAUUGCGGCAUCAAGUGGUAAAACUCAUCCGAAGGUACCUUGAGGAUGUACAUGGUUUUGUGGAGAUUGAGACUCCAAUUCUAUCUAGAUCUACUCCAGAAGGUGCUCGGGAUUAUCUUGUGCCUUCAAGAAUUCAGCCAGGAACAUUUUAUGCCUUGCCCCAAAGUCCGCAGCUGUUCAAACAAAUGUUGAUGGUCUCUGGUUUUGAUAAAUACUAUCAAAUUGCAAGGUGUUUCAGGGAUGAAGAUCUAAGGGCAGAUAGACAACCUGAAUUUACGCAACUAGAUAUGGAGAUGGCUUUCACUCCCUUAGAGGACAUGCUCAGACUUAAUGAAGAUUUGAUUAGGAAGGGCAUGAUAAAUAUUUUCCUGCAGGUUUUCCUUGAGAUCAAAGGUGUCCAGCUACCUGACCCUUUCCCAAGGCUCACUUAUGCUGAAGCCAUGAGCCAAUACGGUUCAGAUAGGCCAGAUACUCGCUUUGAUCUUGGAUUGAAAGAUGUAUCUGAGAUAUUUUCAGAUUCCUCCUUCAAGGCAUUUGCAGAUACCUUGAAGAGUGGGGGAAUUGUUAAAGCCUUGUGUGUCCCUUCAGGAGGAAAGACAUACUCAAAUACUGCUUUGAAGAAAGGUGAUAUUUACAAUGAAGCUAUUAAAUCUGGAGCAAAGGGUUUGCCUUUCUUAAAGGUGUUAGAAGAUGGGGCAAUUGAAGGGAUUUCCCCACUGGUAUCAUGCUUGGACCACACAAAGAAAGACAAGUUACUCAAACACUUAUCUGCGGGAUCAGGUGAUCUCAUCUUGUUUGCAGUGGGUCAGCCUGCAUCAGUAAAUAAAACUUUAGAUAGGCUGAGGUUGUAUGUAGCCCAUGAUUUGGGCUUGAUUGAUCCUAUCUUCAAACCUGCAGAGAAUUUCCGAAGUCAUCAGAACCAUAAGGAACGAUGGAGUUGUUGCAGUAUUCAGUCGUCGUCUGAUUGAAGAACAUAUCAUCACAACCAACUGCAGUCACGCCGGGAUUGAUAUCACCGCUAUUAUUUAAGCCCAAAUUAGUUGAAGAAGAAGAAGAAUUUUUC